CUCAAACUCCUCAGCUGGGAAUUCUACCCGUCGUCGAGUGCAACGAACAUCAUCCGCCAACGACCGUCGAUACGCCGACAUCAAGAUGGUCAACCUUCGCACCCAGAAGCGCCUCGCGGCCUCCGUGGUCGGCUGCGGCAAGCGCAAGAUUUGGCUCGACCCCAAUGAGAUGAAUGAGAUCUCCAACGCCAACUCCCGUCAGACCAUCCGCAAGCUUGUCAGCGAUGGCCUCAUCAUCCGCAAGCCCGUCACCAUGCACUCCCGCGCCCGUGCCCGUGAGCUCGCCGCCGCCCGCAGAAUCGGCAGACACCGUGGUCUGGGUAAGCGCAAGGGUACCAAGGAGGCUCGUAUGCCCAGCCAGAUCCUCUGGAUGCGCCGCAUGCGUGUUCUCCGUCGCCUGCUCGUCCGUUACCGUGCCUCCGGCAAGAUCGACAAGCACUUGUACCACGAGCUCUACCACCUGAGCAAGGGUAACACCUUCAAGCACAAGCGUGCCCUCAUCGAGCACAUCCAGAAGGCCAAGGCUGAGAGACACCGUGAGCGUGUUCUCAAGGAGGAGAUGGACGCUAAGCGUGCCAAGAACAAGGCUCUCCGUGAGCGCCGCUUGGAGCGCAAGGAGGCCAAGCAGAACGCUCUCGUCGCUGAGGCCCAGGAGUAAAUUUCUUCUGUUUGACGAACUUUGGCGGUGCGGAGGUUGAAAAGCGGGGGAUAAUGGGUUAAUCGAUCAGCCAGUGGAAUAUAAAUCAGGUCGACCAAAACUACACACUUCCCCGUUUUUUCGUUGCAGGUCUGGCUCGUUGGCUCUGAGAAGAACAAGAAA